AGAGCGUUAUGUAUCGAGCGAGCUGACUAUCUUUAUUUACCAGUUCCGUGCUCAUCAUUCUGGCACAUAAAUACAAACUGGAAACUCUACCAUCUUCUUCUUUUCUACUCCACCUCUCCUUUUUUAUAAUUCAAAUAAUCAAACUGGGUCUCGUUCUUCUUAAUUGAUGGCUGCCAGUGCAAACCCAUCUGGGGAUAACAACAAUCAGAACGACGGCGGCGGCGGUGGUGGUGGAGGCGUUAGCAAUGGGAAUGGCCCCACCUGCAACUCUAUUCCGGUGCCUGAUAAUUCUGCUGUGGGCCCCACCCAAGCUGCUCUCAAGCAUAAUCCCGGUCUUUCUGUUGAGUGGAGCCCCGAUGAGCAAACCCUUUUGCACGAUUUGCUUACCAAGUAUGCAGCGGAAUCUGCCGUCACCAAAUAUGCUAAAAUAGCUAUGCAGUUAAAAGAUAAGACAGUAAGGGAUGUUGCCCUGCGUUGUAGAUGGAUAAAUAAAAAGGAGAAUGGAAAGCGGAGGAAAGAUGACCACAAUUCAUCGAGGAAAAACAAAGACAAAAAGGAAAAAGUUGCAGAUCCUUCAGCUAAAUCAUCGUCUCAUCUUACUAACCGUUCCAAUGGCCCUCCUUAUGCCCAAACAGUGGUCUCUAUGGACAGUGAUGAUGGCAUCUCAUACAAAGCCAUUGGUGGUGCAACUGGGCAGCUUCUUGAACAAAAUGCUCAAGCCUUGGAUCAGAUUUCUGCAAACUUCAAUGGAUUCAAGUAUCAUGAUAACAUUAAUCUCUUUCGCCAGGCUCGGAACAACAUCCUAUCAAUCUUAAAUGACUUAAAUGAUUUGCCAGAGAUUAUGAAGCAGAUGCCGCCCAUCCCUGUGAAGCUUAACGAAGAGCUUGCUGUCUCCGUCCUUCGUCUUCCACCCUUGCACAAGACAUCAUGAUUUAAGUCGCUUUCUUUAGAUGCUUCAGAAACCCCUCUGGAGUUCUGAUCCUUAAUUUAAUAUCUGAAGGCAGAAAAUACCUGCCCCUGCAGUUUGUUUUCCCAUUCGAAAUAAAAAAGUUGAUGCAUUUAGUUUCUAGUAUUUAUAAUCAUAGCGACCUCAUUAAAUUAACAUUUCUCUCUUUUCUUUUCGACAGUGAUAGUAGUAGUUUGUGCAAUAUAUGUAAAUAUCUCCUGCUGUGUAGGAAUGGAUAUUGACUGUAAAGUUUGAAGCAUUACAUUUUGUUC